UUCGUAGAAUCCACCCAGGAUUGGUUCCACAUUAGGACGUCCAGCCAUGGCCUCAUGGGAAACCUUAAAAGCGAGAGCAAAGGCGUUGAAGUCCGAAUUGGACACCAAAAUGCAGGACCUUGGCCGCCUCAACAAACGACUUAGUUCUGCUUCAGCAUCGCCUGCAGACCGCGUUGCUGAGCUUGAUGGGCAGAUCAAACUUGUGGUGGGCCUAAGAGAGGAGGUCGAGAAAGGUUUGAGCCAGCUGGAGGAGGCCAGCGAGUCGCUUGCGAAUGUGGCUGCAACAAGUGCCCAAGCAGCCCAAGCAGCGCAGUUUCGUGAAACUCAGCAGGAGAUGUUGAGGGAUUUCAAAAGAGUGGCGCAAAGCAUCGACCACCAGUACCAGCAUGCAAGGCUACUUCCACAUGCGAAAGCCAAGUCUGCAGAUCCAGAAGACGGCCUUCUUCGAGAACGUAUGGGCCUCAACUCAUCUUUGUCAAUGGCAGAUGAAAUCAUCGGCCAAGCAACUUCAACCAGAGAUAUGCUCAUGAACCAGCGGAGUGUGCUGAACAGCGUGCAUUCCAGAGUUGGAUCGUUGAGCUCAAUGUUUCCUGGCAUUAACACCCUGAUCGACAAGAUCUCUGAUCGGCAGAACAAGGAGCGCGUGGUGCUAUCCAUCACUGUUGCGUCUUGCUGCUUUUUCACGAUUUGGUACAAAUUUUUGUGAGCCGAUCGUGAGCCUUUUGGACUUGGGGGGGAACUCUCCCAUGUGGGGCAACUCACCGAGAGUGGGCUCGCAGAUGUGAAAGCUUUGACUGAACGCAAGC